CGCUGGGGACUGUCUAUACAAUCAUGAGUCCACGACAAAAAUUCUUUACGAUCGAUAAGUUUUACAUCUAGGCACGCGAGCGGUUCUUGUACGUAGAUCUGCUUGGCGCACUCGCAAAAGUUUGCACCGAGCGUGUUGCGAUCUUUUAGGUAAAACAGUGCACACUUUAAGAAAUCAGACUACUUGCUAGAGUUGACAGUUUGUUAGUAGAGUUAGAGUAGCAGCUAACUUCGUCAAAAUUGUAUUGUAACCUGUAAGGAACCGGAAGGUGAAGUGCACACUAAAGCAAUUAAUUCCCACACUUCGCGUAUUAUUACCAAAGGUUCCGACGUACUGUGAGUUUUCCCCGCUAAAGAUGGCUUCUCAUGGCGGCUCUUCGGAUAUUGUUUUGUACGAGUUUCACCCGAGUUACUGGAGCCAGAUGGCUCGCUUGGCUUUUGUGGAAAAAGAUGUACCAUUCGCGCGUAAAUCUGUGGAUAUUUUCAAAGCCGAAAAUUAUCAGCCCGACUACGUAAAAAUCAAUCCAGCCUGUGAAGUGCCGGCUAUGCUGGUCAACGGAAAAGUUGUCAAUGGAUCUCAGGCAAUCAUUGACUACCUCGAUGAAAUUAAAGGAGCGAAGCAGGACACGGAAGUUGAAGCACUACGGAAACGUUGCUGCGCGCUCCCGAUUGGUGAGCUCUCCACUGGAUUACUGUGGCAUCCAACGGUAGUCGACCAAGACUUCAAACUGCCAGAUCCUAUCAAAGGAGCAUACCAGCUACUAGGCAAUCGCCCAGCAGUCAUUAAGGAGAUGAUGGAAAAACACCCCGAACUGAAGGAGAAAUAUCAAGAAAAACUAUCCCGCGUAGCUGCCGAUGACCACCUGAAAACAGACAAAGCGGCAGUGGAAGCGCAUUUCAAAACCAUUGAAAACUUUUUGGAUGAUCUUGACGCUCAGCUUGGAAAAAACGCCGCCCGUGGACAAUGGCUUUUUGGCAAUUCCUUCACAAAUGCGGAUAUUGUGGUUGCGGUGCUGCUUGGGCGAUUGGAAUUGCAGGGCACCGCCGAUCGACUGUUUAAUGCGACAAAAAGACCGAACUUAGCCCGAUAUUACUUGGCUUUGAAGGCAAGACCGUCGUUUCAAAAGGAAUGUGUCCCGUUCAUACCUUAGGAACGGCAUUGUGAACUAGCUGGAAAUGGAAGUAGCCGGUAACGCCAACUGCCGGGUGUUUUGCACUGUAGUACAACCGUUGUCGAAUUUCCUACUACCAUUCAGCCAGCCAGCAAUCGGGAUACUUUAUACAACUGAGAUGUUAUUUAUUACGAUAGCUACUCUACUAUUUUGCUUUGUUAUUCCUGUUAUUGGAAGCAGCAGCGUUAAUGAUCGAGCAAAAACAAAUUUUUGAAUCCGUAGAUGUACAGAUAUCUGCUACGUGCAGGCUACAGCUUGUAAUUUUAACACUUACUGCACAAGUACGGUAUUAUGUAUUUCGCAAAGUGAAUUUGUUCUUCUAGUUUUGAAAUACCCUAGCAGGUGAGGACUGACAUUUAAUUCACCAG